CACAAAUCCUCCGCCUCCGCAACGUCGCCGCGCCGAGUGGAGUACAAAAAACAAAACGCUUUUACCACUGGGGUGGCGUUGGAGAGCGGAGUGGAGGCCAGCUGGUCGCCGCGGAUGAAAAAACCAGAUGUCCGUCCGUCGGUUUGCGUGCCACUGUAGGUCACUGUGCCCCGCUGCCGCUUGACAGAAGCGCGCGGCCUCCCCUUUCUUCGCACACGUUGCUGUCGGCAGCCUCACCAAUCUCGGCGCCACAUCGGACGGCGAGUGGACUAGUGGUCGCCGGUUCUUCCUCCUGCUGCUCCGCCUGCUUUCACUCCUUUCUCCGUCGCCUUCCCCUUCCAGGGCUACCCACAAGUGCCAAGUGCUCGUGUCCGGAUGCGCCAGCGCCGCCUGGUCAACACAUUUUUUGCCCUGCGCUGUCACUCCACGCGCGACGCAGCUGCUGCUUCUACUGAAGGAAAGCUUUUUUCCCAGAAUAAAGGCUCUCUGUCUGUCUCAGUGAGAGGAGGAGGCGGAGGCGGCGGCGGCGGCCAAGGAGAGAGAGGGAGAGGGAGAUGAAGACCCGGAGCUCAGCGAGAGGGGAGCCGAGGCGGCUCGGGAAUGCGGCUCUCCUGGCGCUCAUGCUCUGCUCCGUCGUCGCGCUCUCCCUCAUCCGGGGGAGGUUCGCCCCAAUUGUUACCACCGCAGGAGACGCCAUCAAAUCCGAGGACGACGCUGCUGCAGCGGCGGUGGCGGUCAGCAAGGCGGCUGCUGUCAACGUUGACACCGGCGACGGCGCCGACGAGGCCGCCGCUGAAGCUGCUGCUGAUCUGAACCUUAAUUGGGAUUUCGCCGGCCCUGCAGAGGAGAAAGACAAGGAGGAGGUCCAGCCGAAGCCAGCCGCCGACGGUUCCCGCGGCGGCGCAGCCAAGCCGGUGUGCUACGAGACGAGCCGCCGCUCCGACACCUGCGAGGCGGCUGGCGACGUGCGCGUGUUGGGGAGCUCCCAGACGGUGUACGUCGACUCGCUGGACCGGGAGUGGAAGACCAAGCCGUACUGCCGGAAGCACGACAACUUCGCGCUCGCCCACGUCAAGGAGUGGUCCCUCAAGCCGCUCCCCUCCGGCGCUGCGCCGCAGUGCACGGUGAACAGCUCGGCCACCGCGUUCGUGCUCUCCACGGGCGGCUUCACGGGCAACCCGUUCCACGACUACACGGACGUGCUGAUCCCGGCCUUCAUCACGGCGCACCCGCUCCGCGGCGAGGUCCAGUUCCUGGUCAGCAGCUACAAGUCGUGGUGGAUGAACCGCUACAUCCAGAUCUUCCAGCAGAUGAGCCGGCACGAGGUGGUGGACAUCGACGCCGACGACGAGGUCCGCUGCUACCGGAACGUGGUGGUGGGGCCGACGUUCCACCGUGAGCUCGGCGUGGACGCGUCCAAGUCCCCGUCGCCGGGGUACUCCACGGCCGACUUCCGCAAGAUGCUGCGCGACGCGUUCGGGCUGGAGCGCGCCACGGCCACGCCCAGCGGCGACCGGUGGGACAUCCGGCGCCGGCCGCGGCUGCUCAUCAUCUCGCGCCGCCCGUCCCGCGGGCGCGCCUUCAUGAACGAGCGCGCCAUGGCGGACAUGGCGGCGAGCCUCGGGUUCGACGUGCGGAUCGGGGAGCCCGACAGCAGCACCGACACGUCCAAGUUCGCGCGGCUGGUGAACUCGUGCGACGUGAUGGUGGGCGUCCACGGCGCCGGGCUCACCAACAUGGUGUUCCUGCCGGCCGGCGCCGUGGUGGUGCAGGUGGUGCCGUACGGGCGGCUGGAGUGGCUGGCCCGGAACACGUUCGCGGAGCCGUCGGCGGGGAUGGAGGUCCACUACCUGGAGUACGUGGUGCAGCUGGACGAGACGACGCUGAGCGAGCAGUACCCGAGCGAUCACCCGGUGCUGAGGGACCCCAUGGCCAUCCACAAGCAGGGGUGGAACGCGCUCAAGACCACGUACCUGGACAAGCAGAACGUGCGCCCGCACCUGGGCCGCCUCAAGAACACCUUCCUACAGGCGCUCAAGAUGCUGCCGCACGGCCGGGACGAUUGAAGAAUCGAAUUAGUUGAUCAUUUGACCUGGACCUCGGCCUCAGUUAUUUAUUAGAGGGUAAAUGUAUAGGUUAAUGGUAAUUACUACUAUUUUUUGGCUUAUUUUUGUUUUUCUCUCUUUAUUUGUUUGUACGAGUAAGAAGAGGGUGCGCUAGUAGCAGCAGCCAGCAAGCAGUAGUGCUGCUGUGAAUGGGUGCACAGUUCGCAGGACAAAGAACUUAGUGUUUAACUGUUUAUAUUUUAUCGUUAUAUAUGCUGCUUUGAUAGCAUGAAACGUGAUUACAGUUAUGUGCUUUCA